AACAGUUCAGUUCCUUUCACUGAACACGCAACAAUUCCCGAGAUGAAGUUCCUGAUCAUCCUUGCCCUGGCCGUGGCCGCCUCCGCUUUCCCGGAGCCGGAGCUGAAGCACCGCAACCGCGAGAUGCCCGUGGUCGACAGCAUCGAGGGCCGCAUCACCGGAGGCAAAAACGCCGCCGUCGGCCAGUUCCCCUACCAGGUGGGACUCUCCUUGAAGGUGAGCGCCUUGUCCAGCGCCUGGUGCGGUGGCUCUCUGAUCGGAAGCCAGUGGGUGCUGACUGCUGCCCAUUGUACCGACGGAAUUCAGUCCGUGACCGUCUAUCUGGGUGCCACCGUGCGUACCUCCGCUGAAGUUACCCACACCGUGGCCAGCUCCGGAAUCAUCAUCCAUUCCGGCUGGAACAGCAACACUCUGCGCAACGACAUCUCCUUGAUCAAGAUCCCCGCCGUGAGCGUCUCCAGCAAGAUCGCUCCCGUCAAACUGCCCGCCAUCGCCAACUCGUACUCCUCCUACGCCGGUGAAACCGUGGUCGCCUCCGGAUGGGGCCGCACCAGCGACUCGUCCAACUCCGUGGCCACCAACCUGCAGUACGUCGACUUGAGCGUCAUCACCAACACCGUCUGCGCCAGCACCUACGGCACCUCGAUCGUGACCAGCUCCAACAUUUGCGUGUCCACCGGCAGUGGCAAGUCCACCUGCAACGGCGACUCCGGCGGUCCUCUGGUCCUCAAGAGCAACUCCGUCCAGGUCGGUCUGACCUCCUUCGGUGCCGCUGCUGGCUGCGAGAAGGGCUACCCCGCUGCCUUCACCCGUUUGACCAGCUACCUGGACUGGAUCAAGUCCAACACUGGCAUCUCCUACUAAGGAGUGGUCCGGAACUUACAUUUCGCACAAAAAUAAAAUGAAUUAUAACGAA